UGUGACGUCAUGACGCUAUUCCACGUCGCAGUCGUGUGUCUCACAGGCGAGCUCGCUGCGUUUGAAUGCGUGUCUCCAGCUAGGCCAGAGAGUGAUGGCGGCGCCCGUCCUGAGAGUGUCCACCCCUCGGUGGGAGAGAAUAGCCCGGCUCGUCGUCUGUGUGCUGGGCAUCCUGUUGUCUCUGUAUGCCUUCCACGUGGAGAGGGAAAAGGCCCGGGACCCGAGCUAUAAGGCCGUGUGCGACGUCAGCAGCUCCAUCAGCUGUUCGAAAGUGUUCAGCUCAAGGUGGGGUCGAGGAUUUGGACUCCUGGGCUCAAUUUUUGGAAAUGACAGCGCACUGAAUCAACCCAACAGCGUCUACGGGAUCGUCUUUUAUGCCUUUCAGCUUCUUCUGGGAAUGACUGUCAGUGCAAUGGCCGCCCUCAUUCUCAUGACGACUUCCAUCUUGUCGGUGGUGGGUUCGCUCUACCUGGGCUACAUCCUCUACUUUGUCCUCAAGGACUUGUGCAUCAUCUGCAUCACCACGUAUGCGCUGAACUUCAUUCUCUUUAUUCUCAACUACAAGCGACUGGUUUACUUGAACGAGGCCUGGAAGCAGCAGCUGCAGGCCAAGCAGGACUAAGCUGUGGAGAGCGGCAAGAAAAAUACAAUAAACAAACAAACGACAACAAAAAAGAAAUGUGACCUCUGAACAUUUGACUUGCCACCAGGAGACCUUGCUUCCAAAACAAUGUUUAUUCUGCUGUGUGUUCAAAAAAAAAGAAGAAAUGUAACUUAAAUGUUGGGCCUGACAUCUUAAUGUUGCGAAACACCGAAGGAUUUGUAAGUGAAAGAUUUUCUUUUAAUUUCUUUUUCCUUGUUUAACAUUGUACUCACUCAAGGAAGGGGCUGGCUGUGCGUGUGCUCGUUCCUGUGCGUGACUGUGUGUGUGUGUAUGUGUGCGAGAGUGAGAGUGAGAGUGUGAGCGUGUGUGUGUGUGUCGGGAAACCCAUCCAAACGAGCAGCGGAGGCAGAAUCUACAACACAGAGCGACGGAGGACGGCUCUGUUCUGAACAAAAAGGAUCGCAGAACGGACGAGGAACAAGACUUUGAAGGGGUUUACUUGAAAUGUUAGAGAGGUCCUAUAACUGCACAGCGGAUCUGCACUAAAAAUAGCGCCCAAUAAGGGGGGAAAAAACACUCAUUAGGUCAUCAUACACUUUGCAGAUAAAGUUUGGUUGACGAGGGGAGGGGGGGGGGGGCUGGGGCGAGGGAGCAACAAGGAUGAACAUGUCUGCAGGAUAGUUUCUUUCAUGUUUACACUCUGUAGGAUGUUUCGUUUUGAAGAGGACCACUACAAAAGUAAACACGGGACAAUGUGACAUGUUGUGCGUAGAUCAGUCCGACUGUUUGUUUUUUGCAAUUCUGUAAAUAGCUGCUGAGCAAUACUCCAGGCUAGAUCGUGACUUAGUGUUGACUCAAAGGAAAAAAACCAACAAAAAAACUAAACACCCGAUAGAACACGAGGAAAACACGUGCUGAACCCGGAACGAUGAGAAAAGUGAUCGAGGUCAGCUGGUUGUGGACGAGGCCGCGGACGUACGGGCUCGUCCUGUAAACCGGGUCCGGCGUGCGGUUCAGAGCUGUGUGGAUUUCUUUGUUGUGAGUGGCUCCCGUUUCAUCUGAAGCCACCGACACGAGUCAGAACGAUACGUUCUUCCCACCGAGUUUGCAUAAAGGCACCCUCACUCUUUUUUUGUUUUCUUAUGUAUUUGUGUAAAGCAUUCCUGACCACCGCUCGAGUGGGAUCCAUACAGACUUAUGUGCCUAAAGGAGUGUUAAGGUGAAUUACCUUUCUUUUUUUUUUUUACGGUAGGGGCGACGGGUCGGAGGGGGUAACGUCCUCUUUUUGCUCGUUGUUUUACGGUCACAGGUCCGAGGCUUUAUUUUCUGAUCACAGUUUUUGUAAAUCCAGAAGCCAGUGAAGUGUUUUCUCCCUCCCUAAUGAGAGUCUGGAGGUAGCAAAGGCUGCUACACUGUGAUCAUCUGCUCGAGGGCGGGGUGGCCUGGCGGCAGAAGCGUCUCUUACCCGGCGGUGUGGUCUGCUCAUCAUGUUUUCUGUUCACUCUCCAGCCUGGUUACAUUUGAUGUCAACUGAACAGCGGCGGUGAUCUUGCAAAGCUGAGUUGCUGUUCAUUUGUGGGCUUUUGUGAAUGGAACUGUCUCCCUUUGAGGAAACUUAAAACGGUCUGCCACGCCACACGUGGAGGCGGAGUGAGGCGACCGUCUUACGAUGGCGAGCUGCAGACACUGAAGUUUUUCUUUGAGCAGUUGAUCUAGCAUAGCAUGGUUUGUAAACAGAUCGGUCACGGUAUCUGUUCCACUUCAGUGACAGAGUAGAUCCGUGUUUUUUUCCCCCUCCAUCCUCCGACAGAAUCCAUGGGUUAAGGCGUCUCGCUGGAUGCACGGUACACCGCUUUCUCCUGGCUUUAAACGUGCGUCGGCCAUCGGACAAUCGUACACCUCCAAGUUGUAGAGCAGUCGUAGUAAUAACUGUAAUAAUGUGAUUUAAUCUGUGGUGUCCAGCCAGCUUGUUAAUAGUCUCCAUGCCCCUUCUUAUUUCACAGCAGUCAUCUCCUCACAGACUUUUUCUCUUUAUUUGUUAAAGUAUUGAUGUUGGCAAAUAUUAGGAGACGUUUCACUUGAGUACUUCCUGUUACUCCACAUGAGGUCAUCUGUCCUGAAUGAAAACAAGAGUUUAAGGUUAUGCUGUUUAUUUCCCCCGCAGGAUGUUGUCCCAGAGGUUACUGUUAAUGCAUGUUUUUUUUUUGUUUUUUUUAAUUGAUGUUAUCCAUUUUCCAAAGCACAGCGAAAUCUGCACUUUUUCACUCUUGAACGUUAGCACUUAAUCCAGCAGUGGGAGGAGCCUACUCACUGAUCUCUACGUGCAAUUCUUUUCUGUUUAGGUUUGAGUGACAACAGUAAAACUGAUACAUGCCGCACUAAUCAGCAAAUCCAAUUAUAUCAUGAUCAGGGCGGUCAGCGUUAACGAGUUAAUCAGGAUUAAUCUGGUGUUAUUUUGUCCCUUCAGGCUCUCCGUAGAUAGUCGUCCUCAGUGUCUCCCUGUAUAGUCUCAGUGAUGUAAAAGAAGGACACUGCUGCAUCUUUGAAUGUUUCAUUUCACUUUAACAAACUCUCAGACAGCUCAGCUGACGAGUCCAAAGUAAUAUCCACCUGAUGACAUCACACAUUGACCUUAUGACAUCACACAUUGACCUUUUGUUAACGUUGAUUUGAGCUGUUUGACCUCAGUUUGGGAUCCCUAACCACUUCCUGUUUCUGUGCUUAACUUCCUGUCCUAACCUUCACUCUACAGGAAAGGCCUUACUUUAUUUAAAAAUAAAAUCACACAGGAAUUAAAGUACUCUCAGCUAAGGACAGUACACGAAUUCAAAAUAAAAGCCUAACUAUUUGUAUUUUUAAAUGCAAAUGAAUGGAAUUUCAAACAUGCGAAUAAAAAUGUGAAUAAUCGUGAUUAACUCUUAAACUUUAUCGACUACAUUUUAAGUCGUUUGACAGCCCUGAUUCUGAUGAAAAACCAAACCUGACAGAGAGGACCCUACUGCAUUGCACUUUUAUGAAAUGUGUCCAAAAUCUAGAAAUUAAAAACUGGCAAUACCUGUCAACUACAUUACUCGCAAUGCAACUCAACUGGACUGUUCAGGCAGAGAUACGUCUAUAAUCUGGACCCGGCUCCACACUCAGAAUUUUAAAUUUGAGAAAAACUUGUAGUUUCAGACUUCUCAACAGUGACUCAAGUGACAUCACUCGAGGACAUAUUUGGGGUAAAGUCAGCCCUGACAAACAUAGCAGAACAUUCAAACUCUGUUUUGCUUUGGAAAAUGGUUGGCAGUUUAUGUUUGGUUGUAAAGUGGUAAAACAUGCCAGCAGAACCAUUUUUACAGACUUUGGUUUGGUUCAGUACGGUAAACCCUGAUCUCCUGCAGUUCCACAGAUGACCUUACGCUAAGCUAGAUGUCUAGCCCUGCCGUUAAGGUACAGAUCGGUACGCUUGGCUCAGGAUAUUUUAAAGAAGUUGCAUUUUUUUGUUUGUCCUUUAUUGCCGCUGUCACACAGGAAAUGACGAUUCUUUCGACCAAUCAACAGACUGCAGUGCGUUUAACUCCGCCCUUUAGGGUCGGAUCCUUACACUUGGCACCCCAAUCGAGGGGUAGCAAAAAAGUAGGAUGGUACAGGUCGGUUACUUUGGUACCAUUCCCAACUUUUGACUGUGGAAACGCCAAUAAAUGUACCCGUACUGAACUGGGCCGCUCUGUGGAAACAAGGCUCAUGUUGCUUCCAUCUGAUGAUUUAAAUGUUUUCAUCAUUUUCUGACCCUUUCUCUGUAAUAUUUUCACCGUUCUUACAGACCAUAUAGCGCCCUUUUCCACCAAGCGGUUCAGUACGGUAAACCCUGAUCUUGCAAGCCGACUGUACGCUUACUGGUAAAGCGGAGUGUAAGCCGGAUGCGGUGUGUGUCCCAACACCAGCCUUUAGGGUCAGAUCGGCACGCUUGGCAACCAAACAGAAGGGUUGCAAAAAAGUAGGGCGAGAUGAAUUGGUUAUUUUGACAGUGGAAAAGCCGAUAAAUGUGUUCCAUCUGAUUAUUUAAAUGUUUUCAUCAUUCCCUGAGCGAUUAUCCGUCAUAUUUCCGUCUUACAGUUUUGCCUCGUUGGGCUAACAUCAGGUUGUUCUUCAUCUCAAUGCUCUUUCUGUAAAAGCCUUCUGUGUUCACAUUCAACACGAGACUCCUGCGGACGGAUUCACUUCUUGCACAGGUCAAAAAACAUUUUCAUCACCUAGGGAGGUCAAACUGACACAACCUGCUGGUUACUGUGGCAACACCUGCGAGUCCUGUGAAACUGACUGAGUGCUCCAUGUUUCCACUCACGUGCACGCUUGUUACACUUAAGUAUGUGCAGUUACUUUCAAGAAAAAGGGUCAAAAGUUUGAAAUGUUUGGCUGUUUAAAAAAAAAAAAAAAAAAAAAAAAAAAGGAUCAAAAUGUGAAAAAAAGAUCAAUCCUGCAUUCUCAUGAAUCUUCACGUAGGCCCGGAGGUUUAACUGCCAUGUUAGCCGCAUCACCAAUGCCAACAAAAGUGCCUUCUGUUUGAUCACGAGGCCUCGAGCCAAAGACGAGCAACAGUAUUAAGCCUUGCAAAACCACCAAUGGAAACUGUAACGACCUGAACAUGUAAUCGGAUCAAUUGGUCAUUGUCCAAAGAAUUGAUUUCCAGUAUCAGCGCGACGAUCCAUUCACAAAUCGCCCAGUCAGAUCAACGGCCGUUCCCCUUCCCCGUUUGUGACUCCACUUUAUAAUUCUCCUCUUUGGUUUGUUAGCUAGGACACGUCUGUUAGCUAAGAACACACUCUGUCUAAACUACAUGAUUGUAAUGUUCUCUCUCUCGUCGUUAAUUAUGCCCUUUAUCUGUAUAGACUGUUAACAUUCUGGGUUACUGUUUUUUUUUUUUUUUUAGGUUAUAAAAAGUUGAGGGGUUGGAGGGCUUGGGAAUCCAUGUGUCAGCAUUCAAUGUUUAUUCAAUUUCUUUGUGGAGGAAAACUUACCAGGUUUGCUUCUGUAUUGCCAAAUAUGUUUUAAAAAUGCUGUAUUUUCUUACAUGGAAAAAGUGUUACAUGAAUGGUAGGAGGGUGCUGCGAAAAAAAUGAGAAUCUGUUUGAAUCCAGCUUACUUCAAGGGAAAACUGUGGAAACGGUUGACAUGAGAGCGUUUUUAAUUGUGUCAUUGUCAUGUGGAAAUGAUCUACCAUUAAAACAUUCCCUCUGAAACGA